AUGAGAGGAUCGAGGCUUCUUGCGGCCUCGUUGGCUCCUGGGCUUUGGCCCUUGCUUGGAUCUGCUCAGGUGACCGCUGACCCCAUAUGCCCCAGCGGCAUGACCGAGGUCGACAUCCAGCCAGUCGAAAUCAUCAUUGAGCAGGCCUACCAGAUCAGCGGCUACUUCAGUGUCAACACUAUCCUGACUCUCCCAGAUGGUCUCCAAUAUACCAUCUCAGAUGCCCCCGUGGCCAUCAACACAGUCGUCGUGGAGACCGAAACUUCUCGAAUUCACGGAGUUCCGGGCUCCGGCGCCGCACCAGGCAACAUCAAUGGCCCCAAUGGUCCCGCGUCCGGAGCAACCGGAGGCUCGGGUGAGACCAGCGUGCUUCCUGCCUAUAUCACCAUGACAGUUGCUGCCGGCGCCGGAGCAGCUCCUGGCACUGUGACAAUUCCUCCGUCGGGCACGAAUCCGGGCUCGAUUAUCAUCAUAACCACUAGUGGCAGGCAGAACGGAGCUGCAAGCACCGAAGGAGCGGCGUUCAACGGGCCUUACACCACCGUCACAGAGGCAGGUGCCGCAGGAUCCCGGCCGACUCGGUUCACCAUCCAGCCGACUGGCACUCAGACGCUAGGUACUGUAGUAGUCAUCACCCCGGCGCCGUCAGGUGCCGUGAAUGGGCCCCAGCAGGCUCAACCCUUUACUGGUCCAUACGUUACCGUAACCCAGACCGGCACAGCAGGCUCUCUGCCGACGACGUUCACUAUACAGCCGACUGGCAGCCAGACCGAAGGCACGGUUGUCAUUUUCACUCCAGGGCCCAGUGGUGGCGCCGUCAAUGGCCCACAGCAGACCUUUGCUGGGCCUUUCGCUACGAUUACGCAGCAGGGGGUGUUCGGCUCGCAACCGACGACGUAUACGAUAUUACCCACCGGAUCCGAGACUCAAGGAACCGUCGUUGUCUUUUCUCCGGCGCCUAGUCCGGCUGUCAACGGCCCACAACAGACAUUUACGGGUCCUUUUGUUACCAUUACGCAAGCUGGAGAGUUCGGGUCAUUGCCGACUGCGUAUACAAUUUUCCCUACUUCGGGGGAGGCCCAGGGAACGGUUGUCUCGUUCACCCCUGGUCCUAGUCCUGCAUUCAGCGGACCGCAAACAACCUUUGCUGGUCCCUUUAUCACCAUCGCCCAGGAAGGCCAGUUUGGCUCGCAACCAACCCAGUAUACCAUACUUCCUACUGGAAGCGAAACCCAAGGCACUAUUGUCAUCUUCACACCUGGGCCAAGCCCAGUGGUCAACGGGCCACAGACCUUUGCGGGCCCUUUUGUCACUGUGACGCAGGAAGCGGCAUUCGGUGUUCAAGCGACUUCGUUCUCGGUGUUGCCAACUGGAGGCCAGACCGAAGGCACCAUUGUCGUCUUCACUCCUGCGGCGAGUCCCGGGAUCAAUGGACCAGUGUCGACUUUUGCUGGGCCGUUCGUCACGGUCACCCAAGAGGAAGCUUUCGGUUCGCCGCCAACAUCGUUCACGGUUCUGCCGACUGGAAGCCAGACAGAAGGAACUGUCGUCGUUUUCACUCCUGCUGGCAGUGCCGCGGUGAACGGCCCCGCAUCUACUUUUGCAGGCCCGUUCGUCACCGUGACACAGGAAGGCGCUUUUGCCUCACAGCCGACAUCAUUUACCGUGCUACCGACAGGGAGUCAGACAGAAGGCACCAUCGUAGUGUUUACGCCGGCUCCAAGCGGGUCAAUGAACGGCCCGUUCGCAGGCCCAUACGUGACUGUCACCCAACAGGGUGUAUUUGGUUCACUGCCGACGUCGUUCACCAUUCUGCCCACUGAGAGCCAGACCGAGGGAACCGUAGUUGUGUUCACUCCGGCUCCCAGCGGAUCAGUAAAUGGCCCGUUCGCAGGGCCGUACGUCACGGUGACGCAAGAGGGAGCAUUCGGCUCGCAGCCGACAUCCUUUACAAUCCAGCCCGUCGGCGGUGAGACACAGGGCACCAUCUUGAUAUUUACUCCAACCCCAAGCGCUACCGGCACCAUCAGCGGCGUGUUCACGGGACCGUACGUCACGAUCACGCAAGAAGCGGCGUUUGGUUCACAGCCAACGACCUUUACUAUACAGCCAGUGGGGAGCCAGACUGAAGGAACUCUGCUCGUGUUCACGCCGGCGGCAAGUGCUCCAGCCAGUGGCCCGUUCACCGGCCCCUAUGUCACCAUAACCGAGCAAGGAGCUCCUGGUUCACAAGAGACCACGUUCACGAUUAACCCCACGGGGAGUGAGACCGAAGGCCGGGUUCUGAUCUUGACUCCUGGUCCUCCAGGUGCCAGCAACGGGCCCAUCUCAACCUUUGACGGCCCAUUCGUCACUGUUACCGAAGAGGCUGCGUUUGGCCAGCAACCUACAUCCUUUACAAUCCUCCCCACUGGCACUCAGACCGAGGGUACCGUCGUGGUAUUUACCGCUAGGGCCAGAUUUGCUGGCCCGUAUGUUACCGUGACGCAACAGGGCGCGGCCGGCUCAGUCCCGACCUCGUUCACUAUCGACCCUAUCGGCAGUGAAACCGAGGGUACGAUCUUGAUCUUCACCCCUGGCCCCACUCCCACCAACUCUGUUCAGCCUCCCUUUACUGGUCCGUUUGUCACGAUUACUGAGCAGGGAGCGCCUGGAGGCAGUCCCACCAGCUUCACGGUGCUGCCUACUGGAACAGAGCUUGAGGGCACUGUGGUGGUCCUUACUCCUGGUCCCAGUGGCGCUGUACAGCCUACUUUUACUGGGCCUUAUGUAACAAUCACCCAGGAAGGCGUGCCUGGGUCUUUUCCGACUUCCUACACUAUACAGCCCGCACCAGGAGCAACGGACGCUACGGUGGUGCUCUUUACCCCAGCGGCUGCAGUGAAUGGUCCCCAGCAAACAUUCACUGGACCUUAUAUCACUGUCACACAACAAGGAGUCUUUGGCUCGGAGCCAACCUCGUUCACGAUCCAACCCACAGCAAGCGAGACGCAGGGCACCGUUGUAGUGUUUCAGCCGGCAGCUUCCAAUGCCGGUUCGCCGCAGCAGACAUUCAAUGGGCCGUUCGUCACGAUCACGAAUCAGGGAGCCAUCGGAGACCCGACGAGAACGUUCACUGUCCUCCCAACCGCCGAUCAGACCGAGGGCACUAUUGUUGUCGUCACGCCGGCUCCAACCGGUGUAAUCACGAACGUUCCCCAGCAGACCUUCACUGGUCCAUUCGCCACGAUCACAAAUCAGGGAGCUUUUGGCGCUGAUCCUCUCACUCUCACGGUCUUCCCCACGGGCAGUGAGACGCAGGGUACGGUCAUCAUCGUCACACCAGCCCCCAGUUCCCAAGCCAACAAUGGCCCUGUGCAGACCUUUACCGGCCUAUUCGUAACCAUCACCGAGGAAGGGCCUCUCGGGUCCUUGCCGCUUACUAUCACAGCUGUACCCACCGGAGUCGAGACGCAAGGCACCGUUUUCAUUCUGACCCCGCCUGUCUCGGGCGGUUCAUUUAUUACCACGACGAUUGAAGGGGCGCAAGCGACGACCAUUACUGUUCCGCCAGCCGGAACUCUACCGGGGUCGAUCGUCGUGAUCACGCCUGGCGCUCUGAACGGAGCCGCACAGACCUUUGCCGGUCCAUACAUUACCAUCACCGAGGAGGGUGCCUUUGGAUCGCAGCCCAUCACAAUCAGCUCGCCGCCUACAGGGAGCGAAACCCAGGGUACCGUUCUCAUUGUGACGCCCGCGCCGACACCUCCAGCAAGUAUCAACAACGGCCCAUUCGUCACUGAAACGAUCUCGGGAGCAGUGAACACCACGAUCUUUGUUCAGCCCACUGGGACGCUGCCCGGAUCCGCCAUUGUCAUCACGAAUGUGCCAGAGGCGAUUACUUCUCCGCCACUGACCUUCACGGGCCCUUAUGUCACGAUCACCAACGCUGGAGCUCUUGGCGAAGGGCCGACCACACUGACGCUUCUGCCCACUGCAUCCGAGACGCAAGGCACGGUCAUCAUCUUGACCCCUGGAGUCUCGGCGCCCACGACCACGCUAGACAACGGACCUUACAUUACGGAGACCAUCGAGGGAAUUCGCGCCUCGACGAUCGUAGUCCCGCCCGAGGGCACAGCGCCAGGCCGCGUCAUUAUCAUCACCCCUGGUGCCCUCAACGGGGCCCAAUCAACAUACGCGUAUGCUACCGUCACUCAGGGAGGCGCCCUGGGAGAAGUGCCAACGACGAUCACGGUUCAGCCGGCCGGCUCCGCCACGGAGGGAACUGUGUAUAUCUUCACUCCGAAUGCAGCCCUCCCGACCACCACGCUGGACAACGGCCCAUUUGUCACGACGACGAUCGAAGGGGCCGCGCUGACCACGAUCACGGUGCCGCCGUUUGGUACCGCUGCCGGAUCUAUUGUUGUGAUAACGCCAGGCGUGAACAACGGCCCGGUGUCGACGUAUCCAUAUGCCACCGUUACUGGGCCCGGCGCCAUCGGUGCUAUCCCGACCACGAUCACCGUGCAGCCCACCGGCUCGGCCACCGAGGGCACAAUCUACAUCUUCACCCCUGCGAGUGCGCCUCCCGCCACCACUCUCGACAACGGGCCUUUCGUCACGACGACAAUCGAGGGCGCCGUUGCCACGACGAUCACGGUCCCGCCAACAGGGACUGCACCGGGCUCUAUUGUCGUCAUCACGCCAGGCAGAACGGCUAUUAAUGGUCCGCAGCAGACAUUUACUGGUCCAUUCGUCACGAUCACCGAGACUGGAGGGAUUGGCGCUCCGCUUAGGACGCUGACUAUAUCGCCCUCUUCCGGUCAGCUCGAGGGCACGGUAGUCGUGUUGCAGCCGGGAGCUGCGACCACGAUCAAUACCGAGGCGUUGGCCACGACCACGAUCGCUGGUGAGGUUUUGACGACGAUUACGGUGCCCGCCGCGGGUUCUGUAGCGGGUUCAGUCGUCGUCAUCACGCCCGGGGCGGUCAACGGGCCUCAGACGUUCAAUGGCGUCUAUCAGACCAUCACAGAGGCUGGUGCCAUUGGACCCAACCCCACAACGCUGACCCUGCAGCCUGCAGCAGGUGCUACUGUGGCUACUGUCUUGCUAUUGACACCAUUGGCUCCGACUACCAUCGACAACGGGCCCUACGUGACGACCACGAUUGCUGGUGCAGCGUCUACACAGAUCACGGUACCUCCCAGCGGCGCCAACCCCGGUUCGGUCGUCAUCAUCACUCCAGGUCCAAGCCCCACGGCUGUAUUCAAUGGUCCGUUUGUCACAAUCACGGGUGCUGGCGAACCAGGGUCGCCGCCAGUGACUUUGACCGUCCCGCCUGUCAGCGGCCAGUCGAUCGGAACUGUUAUCAUUCAGACACCCGCCGUGGCCAAUGCACAGCCGACCGUCUUUGUGACGCAGACCAUCACGGGCCCGGCUGGGUCCCCAGAGACUAUGCUCACGCUUGCUGCUCCUGCUGGCGCUUCAAUCGGUACAGUGAUCUACGAAACCCCGGCCGCAUCGCUUCCCGCUUUCAACGGGCCCUUCACAACCAUUUUCGGUGCCGGCGAACCGGGGUCAGUUCCGGUCACGCUCACAGUGCCUCCUUCCCCAGGCCAGUCUAUCGGAACCAUCAUCAUCCAGACGCCUGCUGUUUCGGUACCUGGGCCAAGCGUCUUCACUACGAUCACGGUGGCCGGCGCGACUGAUAUACAGCCUACGUAUCUGACGCUGGCUGCGCCAUCUGGAGCCUCCAUCGGAACCGUGCUUUAUGAGACUCCUGCAGCUGGAGCUGUCGCAUCGUUCACGGGCCCAUUUGUUACGAUAUUCGGCGCCGGGGACCCUAGCUCGCCUGCUGUCACGCUCACAGUUCCUCCGACCAGCGGAGCUUCUGUCGGAACCGUGAUCAUUCAGACGCCGGCGCCCAACCUCAACGGCCCCAACUCGUUCGCCUCGUUCACAGGCCCAUUCACAACCGUAACCUUGACCGGUCCGCUCGGCUCUCAGCCCACGCUGCUGACUCUAUCGCCCUCUUUGGGAGCCACGCAAGGCACCGUCAUCUUCCAGACACCUGAGCCGGUCGCACAGACCUUCCAAGGGCCGUUUGUCACUAUCACUGGGGCAGGGGAUCCGAAUCUGCCCCCGAUCACGAUCACGGUCCCUCCCACGAGCGGUGCGACUGUGGGCACGAUUAUUAUACAGACUCCGCAGAGCCUCGUUCCGCCUGUCACAGCCACGGUCACGAAUGUGCCGGCCUCGUUCACUGGUAUCUACACCACGGUCACUUUAACGGGUCCCCCAGACUCGGCGCCGACGCUUUUCACUCUAGAGCCCACAGCUGGGGCUUCUAUCGGCACCGUCAUCUAUCAGACCCCCGCAGCGAUUGUUCAGAGCUUUGCUGGCCCGUACAUCACCAUCACGGGAGAAGGCGCACCAAACCUGCCACCCAUAACUCUAACUUUCCCACCUACGAGUGGCGCUACGCAGGGUACGGUCAUCAUUCAGACUCCGGCAUCGGCUGUCAAUGGGCCCGUCUCGUUUUCUGGAUCUUACACGACGAUAACGGUAACGGGCCCUGUGGGCUCACAGCCUACGUUGAUCACUUUGGCUGCCUCGUCUGGGGCAUCUGUCGCCACAGUCAUCGACCAAGUCCCCGCAUCAGCAACUCUGCCGCCCUUCACCGGACCUUACGUCACGAUCACUGGCGUCGGCGAUCCAAGCUUGCCGGCCGUCACCGUGACCGUGCCUCCGACGAGCGGUGCGAGCGUGGGUACCGUCAUUGUGCAGACGCCUGGCGUUCUUAGCUCUGUGGCCAACGGCCUGCCAUCGUUCGCUGGCCCGUUCACGACUCUCACGCUCGCGGGCCCAGUCGGCAUCCAGCCGACGUUGAUCACGCUUCCGGUGACUUCGGGAGCUACGCUGGGCACUGUCAUCUACGAGACACCCGCGGCGGCCAGCUUCAACGGCCCGUUCGUCACGAUCACAGCCACUGGUCUCCCUGACUCGCCACCUCUUACGCUCACGGUGCCACCGACCAGUGGUGCUACGGAAGGCACUGUUAUCAUCCAGACGCCAGCCCCUUCCGGCUUCACGGGCCCGUACACGACACUGACUGUUGCGGGGACAUCCUUGUCUGCGCCAACGCUUAUCACGCUCCCUGCGCCUCCCGGGGCUACACUGGGAACAGUCUUGUACGAGACGCCGCUCCUGGGCCCGUCGGCUUUCAACGGACCCUUCACUACCAUCACAGGUGCCGGUCUCCCCGGCUCGCCGCCUUUGACACUGACAAUCACCCCUACAAGUGGCGGAACCCAAGGCACGAUCCUCAUCCAGACCCCAGCGCCGGCCGUCACGCCCUUCACAGGUCCGUACACGACUCUGACUGUGAUUGGAGCAACUGACAUCACGCCGGGAUACGUAACUCUGCCGCCUACUGCCGGAGCUACGGUUGGUACCGUCAUUUACGAGAUCCCUGCGACUCGCGUGUUCGCUGGUCCCUACAGGACCAUCACGCAGGGCUACAAUGGGGUUGACACUCAGACGGUCACGAUUCCGCCCGUUGGCAGCGCGACCGAGGGCACGGUUCUUAUCCAGACUCCUCUUGGUAAUAUCAAUGGGCCCGUGUCAUUUACUGGGACGUAUACAACGAUAACUCAGGGAUACAACGGAGUCGCAACGCAGACAUUGACCUUGCCGGUCGAUCCAUCAGCCACCCAAGGCACAGUUCUUGUGCAGACACCUUCUGUAGCUCCUACCUUCACUGGAAGUUACACGACCAUUACCCAGGGCUACAACGGCGUGGCCACGCAGACUGUGACUUUGCCUCUGACUCUCUCUGCUACGCAAGGCACAGUGUUGGUUCAGACACCGAUCGUAGCGGCCACAUUCUCUGGGACGUACAUCACGAUUACUCAGGGAUACAAUGGAGCAACGACGCAGACCGUCACGCUACCGCUCGGUGUCUCGGCAACACAAGGCACAGUCCUCAUUCAGACGCCGAUUCCGACCUCCGCCCCAGUCACUUCAUUCACCGGACCGUACACCACCAUUACGCAAGGCUACAAUGGCAUUGCGAUCCAGACAGUCACGUUGCCAGUCCCUGCGUCUGCAACACAAGGAACGGUGCUGGUCCAGACGCCCAUUGUUUCGAUCACAUUCGCUGGACCGUAUACGACAAUCACGCAAGGCUACAACGGGCUCGCCACCCAAACUGUUACGCUCCCGGUCGAUCCGUUAGCGACGCAGGGCACAGUACUCAUCCAGACUCCCAUCCCAAGCGGCAACGUCAACGGGCCUGUGUCAACGUUCGCUGGGCCUUAUAUCACUAUCACACAGGGAUACAAUGGAGUUGGUACACAAACGAUUACUUUGCCCAUUGCUGUCUCGGCCACACAGGGCACGGUGCUCAUUCAGACGCCCAUUCCUGCUUCCACUUUUACUGGUCCAUACAUCACGAUUACCCAAGGCUACAAUGGCGUCUCUACUCAGAGCAUCACGAUUCCACCGGCUGGCUCGGCUACACAAGGCACAAUUCUUGUCCAGACACCUUAUGUGGCUCCCGUCUCAACCUUUACGGGGCCCUACACCACAAUUACUCAGGGCUACAACGGUGUGGCGAUCCAGAGCAUUACCAUCCCUCCAGCCGGCUCGGCUACUCAGGGCACUGUGCUGGUGCAAACCCCUUAUGUCGCUCCAACCUUCGCGGGCCCGUAUGUGACGCUGACACAAGGGUACAAUGGAAUUGUCACGCAGACGAUCACGAUCCCGCCGGCCGGAUCAGCAACGCAGGGAACUGUGCUGAUUCAGACUCCCUCCUCCGCCACUCCUUCAGCCUUCAAUGGUCCCUUUACGACGAUUACGCAAGGCUACAACGGCGUGGUCACUCAGAGUAUUACCAUCCCGCCAGCUGGGUCUGCAACUCAGGGUACAGUUCUCAUUCAAACUCCUUACACUGCCCCGGCUUCAACUUUCACCGGUCCGUAUGUCACGAUCACGCAGGGAUACAACGGUCUUGUCACCCAGAGCAUCACGAUACCGCCAGCGGGGUCGGCCACUCAAGGAACUAUCCUGAUCCAGACGCCCUAUGUAGCACCAGCAUCGACUUUUACUGGCCCAUACACAACCAUAACUCAGGGCUACGACGGAGCUACGACGCAGUCUAUCACGAUACCUCCAGCGGGAACAAAUGUUCAAGGCACAGUCAUUAUCCAGACGCCAAUCCCGGCGACGCUACCGGGCUUGACUUAUGUCACCAUUACUCAGGGAUAUAACGGACUCGUCACUCAGACACUAACUCUCCAAGCUGCCAAUGGGGCUACUGUGGGAACUGUGGUUGUACAGACUCCAAUUACUGGGAAUAUCAAUGGCCCUGGUAUCACCACAACGAGCAGCAGCACGAGCAGCAGCAGCACAAGUAGCAGCACCAGGAGUACUACGAGCAGUACCUCCUCAAGUAGUUCUUCGUCAACGAGCCGAUCCACGACGAGCACUACAUCGAGCGCAAGCACUAGUCCAACCAGCAGCUCUACGAGUAGCUCCACCAGGACCAGCAGCUCAUCAACCAUCGCUUGUGUAGCCAGCACGACAGCAACCGCGAACCGCUAUUGCGACGGCACCCUUCCCGCAUCUUGCCAGCGUCUACGCACCGACAACGUCGUCAGCCUGCCUCUGGACAUCGUCGCCUGCACCACUGAUCUCGGCGAGUACAGCGUCGGCUCCCUAGCGACCUGUCUGGCCGACGGCGUUCUGAGCGCCAACGGCGGCACAAUCUUCAGCUGCCUAACCAGCGCGCUUCCGAACAUCUGCAUCACCCAGCUCCCGGUCGCCUGCCUGGCCCUCUCGGCCAGCGCCUCCAUCGGCGCCACGCUCAACACGAACAUCCAGCUGUGCUCGGCGGCGCUUGGCCCCUUCGCCCAAUCAGCCGCCGUCGUCAACUGCCUCAACACGGCGCUGCACAGCACAGGCCUGGGCAUCAUCAACUGCCUCCAAGGUGUCUACGGCUUCACCAUCGAGACGCCUACGCUGCCGUCGGGCUGCUCCACGGCUGCCGUGUCUACGCAGACCGCGGUGCCGCGGCAGGCCUGCGCGACGCUGCCUACGCCCUGCUCGAACUUGCAGACUGACAACAUAGUUGGCUUCGCGAUCGAUUUCCCGCUCUGCACCACCGCCCUUGGCACUCUGGCCCUCGGCAACACGGCCAGCUGCCUCGUCAGUUCGCUCGGCGGCCUGAGCAUCGUGAACUGCCUGACGGCCUCGCUCGCCAACCGCUGCCUGUCGGCGCUGCCAAGUGCCUGCUCUGCACUGUCCACCGCGCUGACCAACUCGGCCGUGCGGACGCAGAUUACGGCCUGCCAGUCCGCUAUCAGCCUGUACACCAAUGCAGCCAGCGCGGCGUGCUUCAACACGGCGGCGACCAGCGGUGUGCCCAUCCUCAAUUGUCUGAACUCGAAUCUGUUUGGUAUUGCUAGUAUCUAG